GUGAUGUGAACGAGUUGAGAGGAGCUCUUCCGUGUUUUUAUUCGGACUCUUUGUUUUACUUUCUCUCCUUUUUUAUUUUUUUAUUUUUUAUUUUUUUUUAAACCUUGUCGUCUUUGGAGUCAAGGGAACCUUUCAGGCUCGAACAUGGGAACCGGAGUCCGUGUUUCUGUGCUCUGCGCGCUGCUGUCCGCCGUGUUGUGUCCCGGUGUGUGUGUCCAGACCAGUUUACAGCUCGACCCCCUGGUGUACCAGGAGCAGCUGCUGUGGGUGGGAGGAGCCCAGGGCCACGUCAACACCUUCAGGAUCCCACUGCUCAGCUUCACCCCUAAAGGGAGCCUGCUGGCCUUCGCAGAGGGCAGGAAGGCCUCAGCCAGUGAUGUUGGGGCAAAGUUCAUCGCAGUGCGACGAUCCACUGACAAAGGAGUCAGCUGGUCCAAGACCACCUUUAUCGUGGACGACGGGACCCAGGCGAACGGCCUGAACCUGGGCUCUGUGGUGGUGGACGAGGAGAUGGGCUUUGUCAUUCUGAUCUACUCCAUCUGCUUCUACGACUACCAGUGUGAGCCGCCCAGCACCAUGAUGGUGAAGAGCAUAGACGAUGGCGUCACCUGGAGCGUGCCCAAAAACCUUUCUGAGCAUCUCGGAGUCAAGAGUUUCUGUCCCGGGCCGGGAUUGGGCAUCCAGAAGCGUAUUGAGCCAAAGAAAGGGAGGCUGAUCGUCUGCGGGCACGGGACGAUCGCGGGUGACGGCGUUUUCUGCAUCUACAGCGACGACCACGGAGAGAAGUGGGAAAACGGUGCGGCGCUGAAAAGCAUCCCCUACAACCAGAACAAGAGAGCGCUGGACUUCAGCCCUGAUGAGUGUCAGCCUAUGGAGAUGUUGGACGGCAGCAUCGUCAUCAACGUGCGGAACCAGAACCGGUACCACUGCCGGUGUCGCAUCGUGGUGCGCAGCCUCGACGCCGGCGAGACCCUGCCCGUGGACAACCUUUACUUUGACUACACGCUGGUGGACCCCGUGGUGGCGGCCGGAGCCCUGCAGAAGGAGGGAGUGCUCUACUUCACCAACCCCUCCAGCGAGGAACACCGAGUCAACCUGACGUUACGAUGGUCACUGACGGACGGCAAGUCUUGGGAGAACAAGGCGCUUCAGAUUUGGCCCGGGCCGAGCGGCUACUCGUGCAUCACGACGCUGAACAGCGGCUCUGCAGAAGACCGGAAGUACAUAUUCGUCAUCUAUGAAAAGGGCAAGAAGGAUUAUUUCGAGACCAUCUCGUUCGCCAAGAUCCACCUGUAUGGUGGGAAGGUGUGAGUGAGAGGUGAGCAGCUGAUGAAUGCAUUCAAUGAAUUUUAGUGUAUUUAUGGUUUUGAUUUAAUCCAUUUUGUCUCCCAGACUCAAACCAUAAAGGGAAAAGUAGACAAGCUGUCGACGCCAACGACUUUCUCAGGAUGAAAAAAAAAAAAAAAAAAAAAGAUUAGAGCUAAUUUAACAAUUUUCGAGGAUUACAGUUGAGUCAUGAGUGUGCCGCACUCUGUUUUGCUGAAAAAGUCUUCAAUUUAUCAUAAUCAGUCUUU